UUAAUCUUCCCUCAGUUGAGAAAUUCCUGAUUACAACAUCAUCGGAACAAUUUAGAAGAGAGCACAUUUCACUGAUAGACACUUUUGGAAGGAGCUGGAUCCAGUUUGAAGCCCUCGGAACAUGAAGACACCCCAACAAAGAGCUAAGAGAUCUGGCCAACUUGAAAUGUGGCUGCUUUUAGCAGCAGUGUGCUGGAUGCUUCUUCUUGGACCUAUAUAUGGUUAUGAUGAAAAAAGAAGUAACACAAAUCCUGAAGCUAACAUGAACAUUAGCCAGAUUAUUUCCUAUUGGGGUUAUCCUUAUGAAAAAUAUGAUACUGUGACAAAGGAUGGUUAUAUCCUUGGAACUUACAGGAUUCCUUAUGGAAGAAGAUGCCCAGAGAAAACAGUUCCAAAGCCUAUUGUAUAUUUGCAGCAUGGCUUAAUUGGAUCUGCCAUUGACUGGAUUUGCAAUCCACCCAACAACAGCUUGGCUUUCCUUCUGGCAGAUAAUUGUUAUGAUGUAUGGUUGGGAAACAGUCGAGGAAACACCUGGUCCAGAAAACACAUGAAUUUGUCACCCAAAUCGUCAGAAUUCUGGGCCUUCAGUUUGGAUGAAAUGGCUAAAUAUGAUCUUCCAGCCACAAUUGAUUUAAUCAUAGAGAAAACUGGACAAGAGCAACUCUGCUACGUGGGCCACUCCCAGGGGGCCACUAUAGGUAUAUUUGGGGCAGAUGUGAUAAGAAUGUCUGCUUUACCAUAUCUAUGGAAGGGGUCAAUUGUUUCUGUGGAAAACUGUUUUCUCUGGGCAUUGUUUGGUGACAAAAUAUUCUCCCCUUACACACCAUUUGACCACUUCAUUGCCACCAAAGUGUGCAGUAAGAAGAUAUUCCAUCCCGUGUGCAGCAAGUUCCUAUUUACGCUAGCUGGAUUUGAUACAAGAAACUUAAACAUGAGUCGCUUGGACGUUUAUUUGUCACAGAAACCUGCAGGAACGUCUGUUCAGACCAUGCUGCACUGGGCCCAGAUUUUAAAUUCUGAUCAACUCCAAGCUUUUGAUUGGGGAAAUCUUGAUCAAAACAUGAUGCACUUCCGCCAGCUUACACCUCCUUUAUACAACAUUACUAAGAUGGAAGUUCCAACAGCAAUAUGGAGUGGUGGACAGGAUAUUGUGGCUGAUGCUAAAGACAUGAAAAAUUUACUCCCUAAAGUUGCCAACCUUAUUUAUUACAAAGUGAUUCCACACUACAAUCACAUGGAUUUUUACCUUGGACAGGAUGUACCCCAGGAAAUUUACCAAGAUCUAAUUAGAUUGAUGAAAGAACAUUUAUAAAAUUAAAUACAGUUUCUUUCUUUAAUCAAUGGGUUUUUGUAUUAAUAAAGAGGUAGGCAAAUCUUAAGGUGACUCUCAAUAAUUUUGACCUUCUGGUGUCCCCUGGGCUUCAGUGAUGGUAUGACCUGAAUCUUACUUCUAGCCAACAGAAUAGCAAAAGUGGUAGACAUCAUACCCUCAUUUACAUUAUAUAAGAAAUGUGAUGGGAUAUCAUUCUCUAAUUAUAUUUCAUUAUACUGUGUCAGGCACAUGCCUAUAAUUCCAUCACUCUGGGAGGCUAAGACAGGAGGAUUUCAAGUUGAAAUCCAACAUGGGCAAUUUAGUGACUUAGCAAGAUCCUGUGUCAAAAUUUAAAAGGCUGUGGAUAGCCUAGUGUGAAGGCCCUUAGUUCAAUCCUUGAUACGGAAAAAAAUACUUGUAAGUAGAUAAGAGCCAGAGAUUGUCCUUUUGGCCUGAUAAAAUAAAUAGAUGUAUUGAGGAAGCCCACACUGCAAAGAAUGGUGCGUGGCUUUUAGAAUCGUCCUAUUAACUUGCUGUUAAGUAACAAAACACAGAGCCCUCAGUCACAUAGUCACAUGAACACGAACUCUGCCUAAACCUGCUUGAGCAUGAAAGUCUAUCAUCCACAAUAAAGCCUGCCAUUGUGAAGAAAGCCUUGACAACAGCCUGUGAGACCCUGGAACAAGGACACUGCUACAUCAUCUAAACUGCUAAUCUACAGAAACAAUGAGAUAAUGAAUAUUUAUAAUUCUAACCUUUCUAACCUGCUAAAU